ACACACACACACACACACGAGUCUAUCACCUGACAGUGGGUGGAGAAGUAGACCAAUAUAUAGCUGUGCCUCUGCAACUAGUCCAGGAACAGCCAGCCAAGGACAGAGACGCUGACAAGCACACGAAAACACUGUUCCUCUGUCACCUUUUCACCAUGAAGCUCCUUGCAAUGACUGUGCUGCUGCUUACCAUCUGCAGCCUAGAAGGAGCUUUGGUUCGGAGGCAGACAGAGGAGUCAAAUCUGCAGAGACUGUUCUCUCAGUACUUCCAGACCAUGACCAGCUAUGGCAAGGACCUGUUGGAAAAGGUGAAGGCCCAGGAGCUUCAGACUCAAGCUCAGGCUUACUUCACAAAGACGCAGGAGGAGUUGGUACCUCUGGUCAAGAAGGCUGGAAAUGAUCUGUUUAACAUCUUGAGCAAUUUCGUGGACUUCAAAAAAACACAGCCUCCUGCCCAGUGAGGUGUCUAGAUCAUUGCCCUACAGCUCCUGCUGGCCCCUGGAACACCCACGGGCUAGAUCUAGAGCCCUUAUCUCUACUUACUUUCCAUUUUCUACAAUAAAUGCAGGAGUCAAACUCUGA